CGGGCGCUCCUGAUGCACCGGCUGCGAGUAUCCUCGGUAAAAACGGGCUUAGUCAAGACGAGCACAAUUUUGGAAGACAAGAAAUCCAGGGCUUUAUUUGGGACUCACGCAUGACAAGUUCUUUGGGUAUUAGUAUGCAGUGUAGUCGUGCCUUCUAGAAGCGAAGUACUCCAGACGCGUCACAAAUCCGCUGAGUGAUCCUGAUUAGCGCAUGGCAGAUUCUUGACCCUCCCGAACACUGCUGGAAAAUGCCUCCCGCUUUCACGGAAGGCCGCAUAAGAACACGUCGCGAGCAUGCAAAUUUGCAUGACAAGUCUGGGGCAGGGACGUUUUUACUCAGGAUUGAGAGACGAGAAGUGGAAGGCUCGGGAGGGAAAAGGAAUUUCGGGAAAGAAUUUCAGAGAUUUUGAAAUCACCAUUGCCCGCAUUUUAUGCAUUGCAAAUGUCGAAGAUCUGGGUCGGGAGGAAUACUAAGAAAAUUGUUGUCAUGCGUGUUCCACUUCCUCUUCCAGAACAGGAGUCACUACACAUCAAAAAUCGUAUGCAUUGACGCGGCGCAAAAGUUGCCCGCAUUGAUUUCUUGUCACUGAAAGAGAGAGUUGUCAUGCGCGUUCGCCAUCGCGAAACCUUCUCAAAACCUGUGAAGAUGUUGCUAGGGCAUGCGGGGUAAUCGUUUUGGAGCGCGCAAGAAGAGCAACAGAAUGAAAAGCCCUGCAUAAAAAUUUAUACUUUUCGACCCAGACACAUCAUUUGCAGUUGAUACAUGUUGGAACUGAUAUCCACAGGAAAUAAUUUCCCGUACACGUACCGCUACCGAUGCUGUUUCUGUAUGACAAAACUUGCCUUCAAUCUUAGUCAGCAUGACAAGUCGGACACUCCAAGAUAUCGAAAUUUGUCAUGCAUUUUCUAUAUAGAUGUCGAGUCCCGUACAUUGUACAGGAAAUUUGUAUUGCAUAACAGAAUGAUAAUUGGGACCACGAGGGCACGUACCAGUACUUUUAUCCUGAGGAAAAACGUUCCCACCCCAACAUAGUCAAGUUGGGAAAUCUGUUAGACAAAUCAACCAGCAGCUUUGGUUGUUGCGAAUGCAAAGUUUGGCCUCCUUCCUAGUGUAUUCCUGUUUAGCUGCUAGCUCAUCAGCAUCAGAGAUCCAGCGCGUGGUGCUUUUUCGAGCAUCACAAAUUCCAAAACACGACGAGAAAACGCUUCUCAUGGGGCUCCGCAUGCGAAACAUUCUAAGCAUGCAGAUUAGCAUGACAGCUCUGGGGUGGGGACGUCUUUUUUGAGGAUAAGUUUCUGAAGAAGCUCAAUCGCGAGAACUGGGGGGAGGUCGAAGAGCCCUAAAAGAACAACGGGACGACGCCUUCUAAUUAAAUAAAGCUUUGAAAGCAAAAAUCGAUACAUGUUGACGGUUCUCACUGUAUAAUUGUGAAAUUUAUGGACCACGAGGUUGGACGACCACGGCGAGGACAGCGCAUUUUACUGCCAAAAAAAUCGCCUGUCGGGAAGUGGCUUCGGGGGGCAACUGCGCAAGAGCUCCGCAAAAGCCCUCCAGCAAGGCAUGCCACGACCCCAGCGGGAUGCUGUCUGACACGCGGCGAGUGGCGCCGCCGCAGCCGUGUGGCCUUAGAAGCCCGCACCCCGCUCGAAGGCAUGGCUCUGCUCCCUUCCUAGUAGACCCGGAUCAUUUGAGCUCCUGCCUUGGCACGGGGGCAGGGCCUGGAUCGCAGCGGGAUGGGAAGACAAGCCGUCAGAGGCAUUGCCAAAUUACCAGACGCGAAGCCGGCCAUAAGACUGCCGUCACCCGCGCCGCGGACAGAGGAGUGCGUCGGAACAUGGCGCAAAAGCCUUGCUGCCCCACUGGCGGCGGCGGAGCAAGGAUGGGGAUCCACAAGGCCAGCCCUGGCAUGCCUGUUGCUCUGAGGCAAUUCGACCUGCAUUGCUUUGGAUUUGUGCUGCUUCGGGACCUCCCCGGGGGACCUCCCCGAGGGACACAGUGCGGCACAACUGUGCGACCGGUCGAGGGCUCACACUCGGCGCCCGACUCUAGCAUAAGUCAGUUUGAAUGCUCAAGAUCUGUGCGCUGUGUGCGGAUUCUUUGCUCGCCGAUUCUGGUGGGCUUCUGCGCGCGCGCUUUCCGAUACUUAAAGAAAAAUUUGAAAAUAUUUUUUGAUUUAACAGUUGAUCGCGUUAUAGAAAUUAUUGAUGGACCACGAGGUUGGACGACGGCGAGGACAGCGCAUUAUACUGCUACGCACGCGUAGUCAUAGAAGUACUUUGGCCCCAAAGCACCCUAUAGGAUUACUCUGCGGAUAGAGGUGAAAUAGUAUUGCAGAAAUCUCCAGCUGGACGAAAGGGGUGGCCCGUUCCGCAUGGGCCGUCGCGUUUUCACAAUGCACAGCACGGCGAGAAGUAAUCGACUAGACGCGUGGUCGCGGGCCAUCGCGCGUUGGGGUUGCCUAGGGCGAGCGUGGGCCGACCGGUUCACCGGGCCCGGGUCAAGAGCCAGGCCCCCGGCUCCCAAACUUUUUCAAGGGUGGCAAAAGAGAGGCCUCGCGGACAGCUGUGCGACAGCCGUGCAACAGCCCGGCCCCAACGCCGGCCGCGCUGCGCGGGACCUGCGGCAUGGCUGCGAGACAGGUGUGAGGCCGGUUGAGGGCAGGCUCGCGACAAAUGUUACACAGGUGUGAGAGAGGUGUGAAAUAAGUGCGCAAUAAGUGUGCAACAAGUGCGCAACAAGUGCGCAACAAGUGCGGAUAGGUGUGAAAUAAGUCGCUUUCUAAAAGAAAACGAACUUAUUUCACACCCAUCCGGACUUGUUGCACACUUGUUGCGCACUUGUUGCACACUUGUUGCGCACCUGAUUCCGGCUGCUGCGCGGGCUGUUGCACAGCUGCCGCGCGGGUGCCUCACAGCUGCUGCCGGCCUGCCGCCGGGCGGAACCAGAGAAAAAAUAUCCGCGGCAGCGGGGGCGAGAUGAAACAAAAUUUUCGCGCGCACUGCGCGCGCGGAGGAGGUUGUCCUACUCACUUCGCCUCGCGUGCUUUCAUAAAAAAAAGGGCCGGCGCUUCAUGUUUAUAAUUUUCGGCGCUGCAGCAAAAUCUCCCAUGAGCGAAUCCGCUAAAAAAAACCGAGCGCGGCACCCCGAGACCUAAGACGAGAAAAAAAGAGCUCCGAGGAGGCGGACCGCAGUGCCAAAACGCGGCCAGAUCGAUGCAGUUUUAGAACUUUGCACAUCUGUUUCACCUCUAUCCGCAACAGGUAGCAAUAGGGGCACUUCUGGUCCAAAGUACUGUUUUUGUGUGCUUGCGCAUCCUGUGUGCUUGCCCUCCUGUGUGCUUGCGCAUUUGCUGCCACUUGUCCUGCUGGGCAACAGAUUCUAUCGGAUGUCGAUAAAUAUUCUUGAACUUUCGGACCCCCGCGCCCCCUUUGAAUCUUUUGAAAAAAAACGAAGGGCGCGCCGGACAUUCUUCUCGAGGGAAAAAGAGCGAGCGCGAGGAAGUUGAGGAAUUAUUAGCACGACCCUCAGCAUUUUGCGGAUUCAACAGGGGGUCCGGGGACGCCCUUCCAUUUGUUUAGUAAUAUUUAUCGACAUCCGAUGUAAAUAAAAUUUGUCUUGUUAUAGAUAGGCAAUAUAAGCAUACAUCUUGAAGAAGAAGAUGAAGAAGACCCAGACGAAGUAAAAAGAAAAACUGUGUAAAAUUAUCCAAAAGACCGCACUUUCAUUUUGAUGUAUGAUAUUAGGUGUAUGUAGAUGAACUCAAAGACAAGAUUCCCUGGGAAAAAAAAAAACCUGAAAGACUAGAAACCGCAUUUUUAGAGGUGGUAGC